AAACCAGAAAGAGAUGCCCAUGGUUGCAUCCAUUAUGGAAGCAGAAUUUUUUGCCAUGGGUUCUGCUGUUGGUUGUGCUGGUAAUGGGGGUUCCAAAAAGUGCUGACGCUGGUGGAAAGUCUUACACUGGGCCAUGUGGUGGAAGAGACUGCAGUGAAGGAUGUAAAUGUUGGCCAGAGAAGGGCAGCCGUGGACAACCUGGGCAACUUGGCGGGCAAGGUCCUUCUGGGCCACCAGGUCUCAUUGGAAUAGAUGGCUUACCAGGACGUAAAGGAGACAAAGGUGACAGAGGUCAUCCAGGCAUUUCAGGACCAACAGGAGAUAAGGGCCAAAGUGGUGUCACAGGUUUUUCAGGAGCCAAUGGCGUGCCUGGCCACGUUGGGCAAGGUGGAUCAAGAGGAAAGCCAGGACAUGAUGGCUGCAAUGGAACAAAAGGGGACGCUGGUGAGGCUGGUUCACAAGGCCCAAGAGGACCUUUGGGGUAUUUGGGUAGCCCAGGUAUGAAAGGUCAAAAAGGAGAGGCUUUCUAUGUAUCAGAAGACAUGAAAAAUAGACUAAGAGGUGAACCUGGUGAACCUGGAUUUUCAGGAUACCCAGGUUCCAAUGGUCUACCAGGCAGAGUUGGAUUCGUUGGUCCAAUUGGUGAACCAGGAUUGGUUGGGCCACCAGGACCACCUGGACCAGCAGGACCACCAGGCAGCAAAGGAAUUGGCUUUUAUGGACAGAAGGGAGAACAGGGUGAACAGGGCAAGCCAGGACCCCCAGGUCUUCCAUGCCAAACACAGGGUGAACAAACGGGACCCACUGGUGCACCAUGCCACUUAGAGCAAGUAAAGCCAUCAGAUACCUCAAUAAUAGAUUUUCUGGGUGAAAAGGGUGAUAAAGGAGAGAGAGGGGACUUUGGAGAACCAGGUAAAGGUCCUUUAUCAGUAGAGAAAGGAGAAGAAGGUAUUAUGGGAUUCCCAGGAGCAAGGGGACCUGCUGCAAAUGACGGUGCACCUGGAGAGAAAGGAGAAAAUGGAUUGCCUGGACUCAGUGGUAAUCCUGGAAUACCUGGCUCUAACGGAUUGAAGGGAGAACAAGGUGAAAGAGGUGCUCCUGGGCCCCCAGUCUAUGUUACAAGUCUUACAGCACGGAAAGGAGAAAACGGUGAUAGAGGAUUUCCUGGCAACGUUGGUCUUGAUGGAGAAACUGGAGAGAAAGGAAGUCCUGGCCUUCCAGGCUUGAUGGGAUCACCCAGCCCUUUCCCAGGUCCUCCAGGAUUUCCUGGUUUGAAAGGUGAAAGAGGUCAAAAAGGAUAUCAAGGGAACCCAGGAUUUCCUGCCUUUCAAAAAGGGAGAGAUGGAGAAUCAGGAGAGCCUGGCCUAAGAGGACCUCCUGGUGUACCAGGGUAUCCAGGUGGACGCAUUGGAAGAAAAGGUGCUAAAGGAUCUCCAGGAGAUGAUGGAUCAGAUGGAUAUCCUGGCUUUGCUGGUUCAAAAGGACAUAAAGGUGAAGAAGGAGAAUGUAAAUGUCCUGGCAGUGAUGAAGCUACAAAGGGGCCUGCUGGGGAACCAGGGCCCAUAGGCUUUCCUGGCUUUUCUGGUGAACCUGGGCCUAAAGGUGAAAGAGGAGACGUAGGAGGCCCUGGUCUUCCAGGGGCUCCUGGUAUUAAGGGGAUUCGAGGCGUUGAUGGUCUUUCUGGACCUGUGGGAGACAAAGGAGACACAGUGUACAUUAGCGAAAAAGGUGCAAAAGGUGAACGAGGAACCUCUGGCUCCCCGGGUGCAGCAGGUUUUGAAGGAUAUCCAGGAAAGGAUGGAGCUUUUGGUAUCCCUGGCUCCCCAGGUCUUCCUGGUGAUGCUGCAAAAGGAUUAAUUGGCGACGUUGGAUUUCCAGGCCCUCCAGGCCGCGAAGGAGUUCGAGGUGAGCCUGGGCUACCAGGUUUAGGAUUCCCAGGGCCACAGGGUGUACGUGGGGCUACUGGAGAGCCAGGACGAAAUGGAUCACCAGGAAUUCCAGGACUUCAAGGUUUACCAGGCGACUGCUUUAAGGAACCCGGAGAAGACAAUGAAGCAGGCCAAAGACCUAUUCAUCCGGGCCGUGGGUGCACAUUAACCCCACCACCAGCUCCAGCAGGAGCCCGAGGUGCUCCGGGAUUGCCAGGAUUUAACGGUUUAAAGGGUCUAAAAGGUCAGGCGGGCCAACCAGGUGCCGAUGGAUUGCCAGGAUUUAAAGGAGUCAUCGGUGACCCUGGUCUUGACAGCUUGCCUGGUCCACAAGGAUUCCCAGGUCGAAGAGGAGAUCGUGGUAAGCCUGGAGGACCAGGUCUACUAGGAGAACGUGGCCCAUCAGGGAAGACAGGUGCACAGGGAUUUCAAGGUACAAAAGGUAGCCCCGGUGAUGUGUUGGGAGCUCCGCCUGGAUCCCCUGGUGAUGUUGGAUUUCCUGGUCUGAAAGGUCUGAAAGGCAUACAAGGUGACACAGGCUUACCUGGAAUUCAAGGUAUCAAUGGAAACCCUGGGACUCCAGGGCUAAAAGGUAUUCCUGGUGAUGCUGGAAUUUCUGGUACUUCUGGGUUACCAGGCCCAUCAGGGAAUGGUGGGUUUCCAGGAAUGAAAGGGAAACCAGGGAAGCCAGGAGCAGUGGGUCUUCCUGGACUUCCAGGUUCUUCUGGACCACGAGGCGAUGAAGGAGAACAAGGGACCCCAGGACAAGCUUGGAAAAAGGGUGAAGAUGGAGAUGGGGGAGGACUGGGAAUUCCUGGCAUAAGAGGAAGAAUUGGAGAUCCAGGCUUCCCGGGGUUGACUGGUAUGGAUGGCCACCCUGGUGUAAAGGGUGUGAAAGGUUCUACUGGAAUGGGAGGUUUCCAAGGAAUGAAGGGUGAGAAAGGACAGCCUGCCUCAAGCGGUUUAAAGGGUCAGUUUGGGAAUUUUGGCUUACCAGGAGAAAGAGGAAUUCCAGGAGCAAUAGGCCACAAAGGUGAUCGAGGCGAGGAUGGACCACCAGGACCACCACCGGAUAUUGAAAAGCAAAUGAUAAAAGGAGACAAAGGAGGUCAUGGUAUUCCAGGAGAUCCUGGAGUUCAAGGGAAGAGAGGAGUUAAAGGAAUGCCUGGCCACCGUGGAAAAACUGGGCAACCUGGUUCACCCGGAAUCCCAAGCUUUGAGCCAGGGGACAAAGGAAAUGCUGGAGAAAGUGGGUUUAUUGGUUUCCCCGGUACUCCAGGACAAGCUGGUCCUCCAGGCAUUCGUGGAUUUCCCGGAUUUACAGGUCCUAGAGGUUCAAAGGGCAUGCCUGGAUUCUAUGGAAUUCCAGGUGACAAAGGAAAUUUUGGAGAUAUAGGUGAAAAAGGUGCCUCUAUAGAUUUACCAGGAGAGAGAGGAAACCAGGGUGUGAUAGGUGACCCUGGAUUUCCAGGACAAAGAGGAAGGCAUGGAGAAAAAGGAUUGCUUGGAAAUGCAGGUUCUCCUGGCAUUGCAGGAAUUAAAGGAGAUUUUGGUCAACCAGGACAAAAGGGCCAAACAGGUUUACCAGGUCUUUUGGGUGUUCCUGGUUCUCAGGGGGAUCCUGGAUUCCCAGGAGCCCAUGGUGAAAAAGGGAUCUCGGGGAUCCCUGGUCUACCAGGUCAACAUGGUUUCCCUGGAUUCAGGGGACUUCCUGGGCUUGAUGGCUUGACGGGUACAAAGGGGAUUCAGGGACCAACAGGGGCUGAUGCCUAUGGUUUUGGUGGUGUGAAAGGCUCUCCUGGGCAAAAAGGUGAUAGAGGAGAACAAAGCACUGUCGUUGGAUCACCUGGUAACUCAGGUGCACAAGGUGCCCGGGGAGAGUCAGGUUUACCAGGCAAAACUGGUUUUCCUGGAGUAAAUGGAGUUCAAGGAUCUCCAGGUGUUUCAAAUGUGUCCGGGAUCCAAGGAGAUACGGGGCCUACAGGGCUUACUGGACAGCCAGGCUAUCCAGGACCACAAGGAAGGCCAGGUGUGCCCUCUCGGCCGGGUGUAAAAGGAGAGCCAGGACCACAUGGAUUACAAGGACUUGAUGGCGGGAAGGGAAUUCCUGGUGACAGAGGAGUCCAAGGCUUUACUGGUAUUCCUGGUUACACUGGAGAAAAAGGUCAGAAAGGUCAACAAGGCAUUGAUGGGGCUUUUGGAUUACCUGGAACUACAGGAGGCAGAGGGCCCAAAGGUCCAACAGGUGACAAGGGGGCUGAAGGACCACAAGGUGAACCUGGACAACCAGGGUUGGCUCCUGCACCCUGGCGCGUGAAUGCGGACCCGGGUCCUGUUGGAGUGAUGGGGGUUGUUGGUCCCCACGGCCAUCCAGGUGACACGGGACCUCGAGGGCCUGUAGGCGAUAAAGGUACUCAGGGUCCCCAAGGUAAGCAAGGAGUGCCGGGAAUACCUGGAAGGACUUCUGCUCCUGGUGCAAGAGGAGAACUGGGAUUAAUGGGACAAAGAGGACCUGUAGGAUCUAGAGGAACUUCAGGUGUACCUGGUAGUGCUGGUCUGCCAGGGAUGCCAGGAAGAAGUGUGAACAUUGGCUAUCUUCUAGUAAAACACAGCCAGACUGAUCAAGAGCCAAUGUGUCCCAUUGGCAUGGCGAAAUUGUGGAGUGGAUACAGUCUAUUGUAUUUUGAAGGACAGGAGAAAGCGCACAAUCAAGACCUGGGUCUCGCUGGAUCUUGCUUGCAGCGCUUUAGCACAAUGCCUUUCCUAUACUGCAAUCCAGGAGACGUGUGUUACUAUGCCAGCCGUAAUGAUAAAUCCUAUUGGCUGUCAACCACUGCUUCUCUUCCCAUGAUGCCUGUGGUGGAAGAUGAAAUCAAGUCGUACAUAAGUCGUUGUACGGUCUGUGAGGCUCCUGCAGUAGCGAUUGCUGUUCACAGCCAAGAUAGCUCCAUCCCAUUCUGUCCAGAAGGCUGGCGAAGCUUGUGGAUUGGAUAUUCAUUUCUUAUGCAUACAGCCGCGGGUGACGAGGGAGGAGGACAGUCCCUUUCCUCUCCUGGUAGCUGCCUGGAAGACUUCAGAGCGACUCCGUUCAUUGAGUGCAAUGGUGCUCGUGGGACUUGCCACUACUUUGCCAAUAAGUACAGCUUCUGGCUUACAACGAUUGACAAAAACUUCCAGAGCUCUCCUACUUCAGAUACACUGAAAGCUGGCUUUAUUAGAACUCGUAUUAGCCGGUGCCAAGUUUGCAUGAAAAACCUGUAAAAUAUGUUUAUUAUCUUUUUUUAUGUGGAGGAAUCUAACAGAAUUAAUAUUGGUGCUAAAAUUUUUUUAACUUAUUACCUCACAAAAUACGAGCUGAUCACACAUUUCUUACUCAUACAUAUAAUGUUCCUUUUUUUUCUUUUACUCUUACACUUGUAGCCGGGAAUAAAUGUUUCUUCAGAAAGGUCCAUUAAGAACACAGUAGCUGAUGCCAUGAAUAUGUAUCACUAUAAUUAGCCCAAGCAUAUUUAUAUGCAAGGUAUUUUACAUUUAUAUUAUUGCCAUACAAAAUUAAAAAAAAUGGAAACCCAUGUCUGUUUGGCUGAUGCAUUAUUUUUUGCAUUAGACCAUCAGGGUAACUACACAGCACAUAAAUAGUAAGGUGGGUACAGGGAAUGUUCACCCAAAACUGCUA